AUGAAGGACAAAUCAAUACACGAGGCACUACGACUGAAGAUCAGUCGUGAACGAGUCGGCGUUGAGAUCGGAAAGAUCUUCGCUGGACCAGAUCCAUACGCCGGUCUGGAGUUGAUUGAGUCAUUCGAUCUGUACGACACCGUCUUCGCAGAUCCAGCCAGCACGCCUGGCCACACACAAGCGCAGGGACACAGACAGCGCACUUACGCUGCCCUGCAGUGGAUCACUACGGAGAGCCGCCACAUCUGCUCUAGCUUGAAGGUCGAGGACGACGUAGCAGUGGCGUGGUUCCUUGCUGCAUAUGUGCCGUGGUGUGAGGAUGCCAAGGCAGCGGUUGCCGCCGCCCGCGAGGGCAUCAAAGCUACGAACAUCUGGAGUAAGCUUCUGGAAGACUCUAUCAAGAACAGAGCUGCGAUCCGAGAAGCCGUCUCGCUGGUGAAUACCGACAAGGCAACGCGCGGUGCGAUAGGUAUGGUCAUGCGCGCAUGCAAAGAAACAUGGCGAUUUCAAGUCCUGUAUUCAUUGCUGUGUGACUUGACCUUCGCCGAAGAUUACGGAAAGGUUCCCGAAUAUGAGAGAUUCUUGACAUAUCUGCAAGAACAGAAGCUGGAGGACGCGACAAGUAUCGAUAAGAAACUCGUCCUCAAAGGCAACGAAAUUAAGUCAGCCCUCGGUGUUGCCAAAGCUGGCUCAUGGAUCAAGGCUGCCGUCGACAUGGUCACUGAAUGGCAAUUCGACAAUGAAGACACAGCAACAAAGGAGGCUGCUACGGAAAUGAUCAAAAGUCGGCGGCAGGAGCUUGGCCUCGAGUGA